UGUUGUGGUAUAUGAAUCACACAAGAGUGUGAUCCGCUAACCGAGUUCGAUAGUCGAUUUUUCUUUGGUGGGGGCAGUGUUUACCCCCACCAUCAGCUCCAGUUACUGUAAAGGACAUACUAGCACAUGGAGUACCAAUCCUACUAAUGCGCAGUUAGAGUACCACAAUACAGGAUGCGCGCUCCUCUGGGCGACCCGCAUCACCAGCAUCGUCCACUCACAACUACAGCUGUUGGAUCGCCGAGCCUCCACGACUCCAGAGCACCAUAACACAACCAAUUGCAGCGGCAGUUAGGCCUUGUGCUCCAGCCUUGGUUUGUGACGCCCUAUCUACUUUCGUCAUAGCAAAUAGCCAGCUCAGCUGUGAGGAACCAGCAGGACAAGGCGCGAACGAGGGGUAAAGUCGUGGGCCGCGCGGGCUGUGUGAGGGUUGUUUAUAAUGGGCUGGGCUUCACCUUUGCUGUGGUUCACCGACACUCCUGUACAACCGCGCAAAAUGGCUUCUCCUCUCAUUAUCAGGAACUUGACUUCCACGCCGAUUGAGCUGAAGCUCAUCGAGCGCUUCCAGGCCCCUGGCCAGGCACCGGCUAAGACUGAGGAGAAGAGCAACAACAACGAGUCAAGCCUGGGAAGCUUGGCCAAGAACUUCACGACUCUGAUGAACAAUGUUACGAACACUAUCCAGAGCCCAACUAACCUCGAGUUGGCAGCCAAUGCACAGAGCUUCAGCCACAAGGAUGUCAACAUCAGGAUCGAGCCGUUUGAGGUUUGCAAGACCGAUAUCCCGCUCAAGGAGCGCGACGACCACGAGAUUAUGCGAUUGACCUUCGAGAACGCAGGGCAGCGUUACAGGCUCGACGUCCCAUCUCCAACCAGCAAAUCUACCUCUUUGACUCCUCUUCAGCAGAACUCGCAGUUUGAGUAUACUGGAGUCUAUCUGCCGCAGAGCUCUUACCUCUCUCUCUACUCAUCUGCGCGCCUCAACUCCUGGAUGGGCAAGCUCAAGCCCCAAACUCCUCUGUCGGCGCUCUCAAUCCCAGGAACUCACAAUUCCGCAACCCACUACCUUGCGCUCCCAUCCGUACGCUGCCAGGCUGUUUCGGUGACCGACCAGCUCAACAACGGCGUGCGCUUCCUCGAUGUCCGCGUCCAGCCCGAGAACCUCGAGGAUCCCAACGCCGACGGCCUGAUCCUCGUCCACGCCGUCUUCCCAAUCUCGCUCACGGGCAACAAGUACUUCCGCGACUUCCUCAAUGAAGUAACCGCCUUUCUCGACCAGAACCCCUCCGAGACCGUCCUCAUGAGUCUCAAGCGCGAGGGUGUCGGAAAGUCCACCGACCAGCAGUUCUCCAAGAUCCUGCACGACCACUACAUCUCCAAGGACAAGGGGCGCUGGUUCACCGACAACCGCAUCCCGCGCCUAGAAGAGGCCAGGAAGAAGAUCGUGCUCGUCCGUCGCUUCGGCGUCGAUGACGCUGUCAAGGGGUACAACAACAACGCCGGCUUCGGUCUCGACGCUUCCAGCUGGCCUGACAACUGUGAGGACGGCCUCUGCGUCGGCGGCACCAUCCGCGUCCAGGACUUCUACGAGGUCGAAGAGAGCGUCAACAUUGAUAAGAAGAUUAAGUUCUGCCACACCCAUCUUGAGAAGGCGGGUUCGCUUGUGUGCCCGCUGCCUGGUGCGGCGAACGCAGCCCAGGCGCCAAACCCCUUCUUCAUCAACUUCUUGACUGCGAGCAACUUCUUCCGUCCGGGAUGCUGGCCCGACCGUGUCGCUGCGAAGGUUAACCCCGCGACGGUGGAUUUCUUGUGCCGCAGGCAUAACGAGAAGGAGUACUAUAGCACGCUGGCGGAGAGGCGCGCGAUUGGGGAUGGUAGCACGGGGAUUGUGGUGUGCGAUUGGGUGGGAGAGAAGGGUGAUUGGGAUCUAGUUAGGUGUAUUGUUGGACACAAUGCCAAGUUGGAGUUGAGGGAGAACAAAUAGAUGGUUUAUAGACCGAUGUGGCUAUGAUUUGAAUAGGGAGGAAGAAGGUAGACGAAUAACAAAAUAUAUUUCAUGAGGCG